UGACGUUAUUUGAUUUUUAUUAUUUAAAUAAUUAAAUAACUUUUCUAUUUUGUUUAAAAUUAAUUGACAAGUGGAAAAAUUACAUAAUAGUUUUUCUCUUCUCUGUUACUUGUGAUUUUUUAAUAAGACGCACCCAAAAGAUAUGGCAGACGUAAAAGAUGAAGACAUUGUGGCAAUAGGCCGAGUAUUAAAUGACGAAAACAGACCGUUAAAGGAAAGAUUUCGAGCUCUUUUUACCUUGAAAAAUAUUGGAGGAAAAUUAGCAAUCGACCAAAUAGAGAAGGGAUUUAAUGAUCCGUCUGCAUUAUUAAAGCACGAACUCGCCUAUUGUUUGGGACAAAUGCAAGACACUCAAGCACUGUCUGUACUUAUUAAAGUUUUAAAGGAUAAGACCCAAGAGCCAAUGGUUCGUCACGAAGCAGGCGAGGCACUGGGAGCAAUUGGUGACAGUAAAGUGAUUCCAAUACUUGAAGAAUACUCAAAAGAUCCACUCCCCGAGGUUGCUGAAACUUGCGAAUUGGCUUUAAGACGAUUGCAAUGGUUGGAUGAUCCUGCAUCGACAAAGGAAAAACUGUCGAAAAAUCCUUACGCUUCUGUUGAUCCCGCACCACCCUGCGAAAUGAAAAGUAUCGACGAAUUAAAAAUUAUUCUUUUGGAUGAAAAUGAAUCACUUUUUAAUAGAUAUCGUGCAAUGUUUGCAUUGAGAAAUAUUCGAACAGAUGAAAGUACAAUCGCCAUUGCUGAAGGUUUAAAGGCAGGAACCGCGCUAUUUCGUCAUGAGAUUGCAUUUGUUCUUGGGCAAUUGCAAGAAGAAGUUUCUGUUCCAUACCUAAAGGAAUCGCUUGUGGACGAAAAGGAAAAUGAAAUGGUUCGUCACGAGUGCGCCGAAGCUUUAGGUGCAAUUGCAACUGAAGAUUGUUUGGAAAUUUUGAACAAAUAUCUCGAAGAUGAAAAACGUGUUGUUCGCGAAAGUUGCAUUAUUGCUUUGGACAUGUGUGAAUAUGAAAACAGUUCCGAAUUUCAGUACGCUGACACUCUGUCAGAAAUUGUCUCGUAACAUUAUACAAAAAAGGCUUAG